AUGAAGGAGGCGAAUACCCUCCUGAAGGAAUGGAAAAAGAUCCUUGACUCAAAUCUGGUGUGCAAAGUGGAUGUAGUGAUUUGCCCUCCUGCCCUGUGGAUGACUACAUUGAGUCCAGCCAUCGAGGCCUUGGGGAUGCAGACUUGUGCGCAGAAUGUGGGCAAGAAUGAUGCUGGUGCAUUUACAGGUGAAUGGACCGCUGCAAACCUGUUGGAUUUGAACAUCAAGUGGACCCUCAUCGGCCAUUCUGAGCGACGAACGAAGUAUGGGGAGACAGAUGCAGAUGUGGCAGAGAAGGUGGCAAAGUGCCAAGAGAUCGGGGUCAACGUGAUUUUGUGCAUCGGUGAGACUCUUGAGGAACGUGACAAGAGGAGAGACUUCUUCAAGAUCAUCAACGAGCUGCACUGGUUCAAGGACCUUCGGGAGAACGUCAUGGGGACGAUUCAGACGAAGGUCAUCAAGAUGAAGCAGGAGUUCUCGGAGGGGACGGGCAUGGUGAUGGCAGCGGGGGGGCAUGGCAUGUCUCCUCUAUCUGCGGCGCCAACGAUCCGCAUGAGGGAUGCGGUGAACCGACCGACGGGACAAGUACCUAGUGGACACCCGUCGGUGGCGGGCGGAUCGGGCACUGGAUCGGCUCCGAUCGGUGGUGGGACAGCGGGUCAUGGAGGGCAUGCCAAUAGCAAACUGUCUUCCUCGUACCCACCCAUCUUCUAUGCUCGUCCAGGAGAAUCAUGGCAGGAGUAUUGGCGGACGGUGGAAUUCUGGUUGGCAUCGGAAGGCAAGUCCCUACCACCAGAAGUACAAGGUCCCAGGUUGAUGCAACAGCUGCGCGAACGUGCAGGCAAGAUCGUGCAGCACUUGACGGUGCAGGAGGUAGCAGCUGAAGGAGGCAUCAACAUCAUCCGCCAAACUAUGGAAAAGAGCCCAAUCAUCAAGAUUUUGGAUACCAAGAAAGUGGACAAACGCAGACAGAAGUUCAUGCGGUUGGGGCGCCUAGCAGGCGAAUCCAUCGAAUCCUUCCUGAAUCGGGCGGAGAUUUACCGGCGGGAGAACCAGUCCUCCCCCGAUUACACGGUCGGCUCCAAGUUCUACAUUGGCCACUUGUUGGAUGCGGCAAAGCUCACUAAACGUGACUUGGCUUUAAUUAAGGCGGCCGCUGGUGGGAGCUUGGAGCACGAGGAGCCGGUGACCUUGGCGCUCCUCGACUUGGCCGAGCAGUUGGAAGGCCUUCCGCACUUUCCCAUCGGCAAGGGAGAGGCCAUGUUGGACAAUGAGGACAAGUACCUCGUCCAAAAGGGGGGUGGGGUCACUUCUUCGUCUUCUGGACCCGUGGUGCCAGCAGGCUCACCUUCAACAACAGGACCCCCACGGAAGAGACGCUUUCUCAAUCGCAGAAGAUUCCGUGAAGCCUUGGUGGCAAUCAUGGAAGGUGAAGACCCAGAGGACACCAAUCCUGAGGCUGAGGAGAUCUUUGCAGCGCUUCACAACCAAGACCCGGGUGAUGACAGCCUCGAUGAAGACGAUGAGAAUCUGGAGACAACUUCCGGGAGUUCUGCGGCGUCGGAGACGGGAGACACCCCGUUGCUGGAGAUCUACGCCCAGGAAUACAAGGUGCGUGAGCUUCGCAAGAUGCGCCAAUACUUCACCAAGGACAAGGAGAUGGAAGCCCAGAACAUCGCCAUCGAGGCCUUCGAGGACAUUGAGAAGGAACUGAAGGAGGGCCGGCAGAAGGCACGCAUCACUCCGGACGUCCCGCAGGUCACCGACAAGAACUACCCGGUUAUGGAGUUCUCAGACGAUGAAGAGCCGCGACAUGUGGAUGACAAUGAAGGAGGACGCGCUGCUUCGGCCUUGGACGACGUGCCUAUGUCGCUCCACAAGAAAGCUAUCGAGGACGACCCGGCCUUGUGGCCGUUUCCCAAGAGGCAACAAGUCUUUGAACCCAAGAUGCUCUGCGGCAGCGGGUUCGGCAGCCAGUGGUCCUAUAGGGCAGUGGAGACUUCGAGGGCAUCAGCUUCGAAGCCGGACAGGAGAAAGAAGGGAGAUGCCAAUCCGAAGGGAUCGAAGGCCCCAAGGACGGCCAUGCUGGUGGAAGGAGUGAGGCCCCUCUUCGACUCCUACGUGGUGGUACCACUUCAGUCCCCGCUGGAGACGGUUUGGCAUGAUGAUGAUGACAAUGCCAUCAUGAACCAGGCUGCAAACGACCUCGAUCCCCGACGGGAUUUCCCAAGUCCGUGGAUCCCUGCUCCGGGAAUGGUGGACUUGAUGCCUCCGAGACAUUUUGUCGGCUUCCACAACCCUGUCGUUGACCAGGCAGAGCAUGAGGUGGCAUAUACCAGAGGCACCUGGGAACAGCCUUGGCCGAAUACACCGGUGCCACAUGUGCAUGUGCCACGUCAUGUGGAUAGACUGCCGGAAAUGCCACCUGCCCUCACGCAACCUAUUUCGGAAGCCCAAAUGAGAUCAUUGAUGAGGGCACGUUCGGAAUGGCCUGAUCAAGACUCAUGGAUCUAUGACCCGGACAUCGAAGAGCUUUGGCGGGUCCACCAGUGUCCUCGGGACCGAAUCUUUGACGACCAUGAGGUGGUGGUGGUCGACAACUUCCGGUGGCAGGGCUGCAAUGCGAAUGCGGAGAUGCGCACUGGAGAUGGCCGAAAGUGGCGAGGGUUCACUCGAUUUUGGAUUCGUCGGCCGCCGGAGAUCUCGGACCUGAACACAUGGUUGAAUGCCAGAGCACAGAUGGAAGAAUUGUGGCGGGCUAGCUGGAACGACGCCUUCAUGGUGCAGACCGACGUGGCCGACCUGAUGGGCAACUUCCCGGUGAUGAAGCGUUUGGUGAAGCCGCAACCGAUGAGGCCGCACCAGUGCUACAUCGAGACACAAGCAGACAUCCAGGAUUUGCCGACGGGCAAGGUCCGAUUGGAGCUGAAGUGGGGCAGUUUGUCACCGGCAUGGAAAAGUGCCUUUGAGGAGCCCAUCAAGGAUGCCUUGGAUGUGUACUUUAAGUACGACGCCGUGGCCCCGGUGAUGGUGGAGGAGAACAUCGACCACGGCAACAUCCUGCCUUCUCGGUUCGUCUUGGUGAACAAGUCCGAGCCCCGUAAUGUGAGCCCCUUGGAUGAACAACUAGAAGAUGCUCGGCUGAAAGCUCGGUGGGUGGUCUCGGGACAUCGCGACAAGGAGGCCGGCAUGUGGGAGACAGAAGCUCCAACAGCUUCUCUGGUGGCGCACAAUCUCUUGUGUUUCUUUGCGGCUCAGUUCGGUUGGACUAUGUUCUUUGGAGACAUCACAGAUGCAUUCUUGCAAGGCGAGAACCUGCAUCCCGACCGCAAGGUCCUGGUGUCCCUGCCCCGUGGCUAUCCGGACUUCGUGCAACAGUUCCUUGCUUCCAAGUUGCCUUCUGGAGCUCGCCAUGACUUGGUUCGCUUUACCAAAGGGGGUUUUGGGUUGGCAGAAUCACCUCGUCUUCUGCAAAAGACCUUGAUUGCCUUGGGUGCCAAAGAAUGGCUGUUGAUCCCCGGAGUGUUCUCAGUCUUCCUGCAGGGCGAGAUUGUUGCCAUGAUAGCAUGCCAUGUGGACGACAUCAGACUGGUUGGACACCCGGAGAAGGCCAAGCCUGUUUGGGAAGCCAUCAAGUCGGAGUUCACCUUCGGUGAGUGGCGCAAUGUGGCAGAGCAGUGGGCCAAGUUUUGUGGACGUUAUGAGCGGCAACUUCCUGACGGGACCAUCGAGGUGCAGAUGGACGAAUACUGCGAGAAGCUUCAGUUCCCUCCAAAGAGAACGAAAAGAAGUGACCUUGAGCGGGACGGCACUGAGCUCACCAUGACGGAGCGCAAAUGGGUGGGCCAUGUUUGUGGACAGCUUUCAUGGCUGGCACGUCAAUGUCGAGGAGAUUUGCUGUUUGGAGUUUCCCGAGCGCAACAGCUGGCAGGUGUGGGGGAUCCGGCGGCAUUGGAAGAGCUCUAUGUUUUGGUGGAGCGGGCCACGGAUGUGAAGACCAUGAGGUUCAUGCCGCUGGGAUGCUCUCCGAGUCAAUGGUUGGUCGUGGCGGCCUCCGACGCCAGUUUUGGGGGGAUGCCACGAGGACGCAGCCAAGGAGGGACAGUUUGUCUCAUAGCUCACCCUGGUUUGCUGGAAGGCCGGUCGGGAGCGGUGCCGAUCUCGUUCCAGUCGGCUCUCCUCAAGAGAGUGGUUCGUUCGAGCCUUGCUGCCGAGAUCAGCCAAGCAGCUGAAGCAUUGGACCAGGCAGAUUUCCUGCGAGCGGUCAUGGCCGAAGCUUUGUAUGUCGCCUUCGACAUCGACCAGUGGUUGACCCAUGUUGCACACUGGCGCCUUGUCACGGUGCUCGACAGUCGCACGGGGGUAUGA